AUGAUAGAUCGUGAGAGUUACCAAAGACUAGUAGGGAAGCUCAUCUAUCUCUCACACACUAGACUUGACAUAGCGUAUGCUAUCAGAGUAGUAAGUCAGUUCAUGCACAAGCCACAGGUGAAACAUAUGGAUGCUGCCUUGAGAAUUGUACGAUACUUGAAAGGGUCACCAGGGAAAGGAAUCAUGUUCAGGAAAAAUGGACACUUGGUGAUACUUGGGUAUACGGAUACUGAUUGGGCUGGGAAUCAGGUAGAUAGGAGAUCGACAUCGGGAUAUUUUUCUUUUGUUGGUAGGAACCUCAUAACUUGGAAAAGCAAGAAGCAAAAAGUUGUAGCCCUGUCUAGUGUAGAAGCAGAAUUCAGAGGAGAAGCUCGGGGAUUAGCGGAGCUAUUAUUGAUUAAGAAGUUACUAACUGAGAUUGGAUUUCCACCUCAGAGUACGUGUCAGCUUAGGUGUGAUAACCAAGCUGCAAUUAGCAUCUCAAAAAAUCCAGUGUAA